AUGGAACACUGUGUUGCUAAUGACUUAAUUACUCCGAAGCAACAUGGCUUUGUUUAUCGCAAGGGUUGCGUCUCAAAGCUGCUAGAAACUCGGGGUAUCAUGACAGAAGCCAUUCAUCGCACCCAUGCAGUAAACGUCAUAUACACAGACUUUGCAAAGGCGUUUAACAAAGUGCCGAUGAAACACCUUCUUCAUAAACUAAGAGCCUACGGUAUUCAAGGCACGCUGUUAGACUGGAUCUCAGCUUGGUUACACGACCAAAGUCAACGAGUGGUCAUCAACGGCAUCACAUCUGGAUGGCAAACGGUUAUUAGCUCGGUCUUGGGCCCAUUGCUCAUUGUAAUCUUCAUUAAUGACCUGCAAGAUAGAAUUAGUCAUCAUAUGAAACUGUAUGCCGACGACAGUAAAAUUAUGGAUAUAGAAAUCAUUGUUUAA